GGCGGCUGCGGAAGCGCGCAGCAUGAGGAUCGGUGAGCCAAAGACGUCGGCUCGGUCAUGUGAUCAGCUCUGCCCAAUCACAGCUGAUCACAUGGGACAUGUACACUGAUCAUCAGGGCACUGAUGAUCAGUGUGCCCUGAUGAUCAGUGUAGCCCCAGCAGUGCCACCUGUCAGUGCCCAUCAAUACCAGCUGUCAGUGCUCAUCAAUGCCACCUGCCAUUGCCCAUCAGUGCACAUCAAUGCCACAUAUCAGUGCCCAUCUGAUCUGCCUUUCAGUGCCACCUAUCAGUGCUGCCAAUCAGAGCCACCUAUCAGUGCCAGUCAGUGCCAGUCAGUGCUGCCUAUCAGUGCCGCCUGUCAGUGCAAUAUGUGA